AUGCGCGAAUCAAAUCAUGCUUUUCCCGCACAGAAUAGAGCUUGUGUUUGCAUCACCUCUCAAUGCUACGAUAGACGAGGUCUUGAUACAUCUUCGCCACUUCCGCUAUUCACCUCUUUACACCAUCUUACAUAUCUAACUUCAACUUCAGCCCGAAUACGCGAGAUCAUGACAAUGGACGGCGCAAUCGAGCGUCUUAUGCGCAUUCUUUAUGAUUACUGCUUGUGUCCUCCUCCGCCAGAGAUCCCUGGUUACAUAUACGGUCUUUCUCCUCCAAACUCACGCCCUUCAAAGCUUAUCCCAACAAUCAACCCUUUAAGUUAUGACAAGCACGCCGCCUAUCGAUUUAGCUUGGCUCUUCAGAGUAUCGUUAAUAUCGGUAUAAGAGGCAGCGAGCCGAUCCGCAGUCGCAUCGUUCAGGCUGGCGCCCUCGAAGUAGUCGGUUGUAUCCUCGAGUCAUGGUUAGCUCAUAAAGGGUUUGCCAUCGGUCCCAGUUCAAGCGCAUCCGGUUUACCUCGUGAAUCUCGCGAGCAUCGCCUCGCCCGUCGGGCCGCACUCCAGGAACAAAGACAGCGAGAAGAAGCAACCCAGCUCCACCGCGCACUCCAACGUCAAAUCGCCGCCGAUACCGCUAACCGCACAGACUUCAUUACAUCCCGUAUCGAUUCAAUUCAAGAUGUCUGUCUUUGUGAUGCAACAAUGGCGGAUAUCGGUACCGAACCUUCCUAUUCGAAUAUUUCUGUGCAUCUGGGUCAAACACCUGCUCCCGUCCAAGUACAAGUAGCUACACGUGAACGACCUUAUUAUACCCGUCACUCCUCAUCAUCAUCUCAUGAGGCAGAUACUUCUGCCGAAACAUCUAUCAAUCCCACACCUCAAGGUACAGAUACACCGGCUAUAACUGUCCUGGUCAAUGCUCGUGAACGCAGCGGUACCAUAAUUGCUCGCCGUGCUUGGGACGAUCCCGCAAUCGCACCUGCCACAAUGCGUACAAGGGCUCAUCGUGUCCGCCCUACUACCGCGUCACCUGAUGAAUCGACCGACAACUCAAGACCUGAAACAGAAACCGAGGAUGAUGGUGACGCAGACGUCGAUAUGUCGCAAGAUACUGAUGACAGUGCAGCUCCCCCUGUCUCAGCACCCCGUGUACGGCAGCCUUCACGAUCGAUGACGCUCACUCAGCGUCCACGCCGUGCUGUGGGUAUAGUCUCAGAUGCAGUCCCAGGACCUGCACCUCUUCAAGUGAAUGCGGACGCACAUAUUAUCAUUCACCAUGAACAGGGUGGAGAUGGAAUGGCAGUGGGUGUAGGUGUGGAAGACGGUAUUGUAUCAUUGGAGCCAAAUGAUGAUUUUGCGAUGGGGGCGCCUCCGGGUGCACCAGGGGCCAUGGAUGAGACGAUUCCUGCGCGAGGUCUCCGUGGAGUUGAUGUCCCUUUGGCUGAUCGAAGAGCUCGCACUGCCCCAGAUGCAACGCCCCGUGCCACGGCUGUUCCCCUCCCCGCGGCCCCUAUUUUACCGGAUGUUUCGCAUAGCGAAGAACCUGCCCGCGAGGGCGCAGCUGCGAAUCGUGGCGAGCACCCCACUCCAACUGCCACCAUGCACACAGUGCGCACUCCGAGUCAUCACCACCAGCACCGCGAUCCCGACCAAGGUCCGUUCAGGGACGAAGACGUGCUUUUUAGUCUCCAGCUCCUCGCUUAUCUUAGCAAGUAUCCGCAUGUGCGGCAGGCAUUCUAUAAACAACGCCCAUCAUUCCAUCCUGCGGCUGCUAAUUCCAGCCCUCGUCCUCAACAGCAACCUGUUGCUGGACCCAGUGGGAUGCGGAAUACUCCUGCUCCUGUCCCUUCACCUACGCCACCAGCAAAAGAACAACAUGGGUUCUUUCGCGCACUUGCAUCCGCUACUGCACGGGGUAAGGAGAAGGAGAAAGCGCCGCUUACUACUCCGAUGCAACCUCAACGUAUGACGAAUGUAUUUUCUCUCGUAGAGCGGUUUACUUUCCGCCCCAGCUUGACGGAGAACGAGCUGCCCCAACCGCCACCAAAGCUUCCUCCAGAAAUAUCCUACUGGGCGGGUGUGAUCAUGCGAAAUGCAUGUCGGAAGGACGAUAGUCGGGGCGGAAUACGGCAAUGUGCAAACAUGCUGUGUGGGCGCUGGGAGACCUAUCCGCGAGAGUUUGCAAAAUGCAGACGAUGCCGAAAAGCGAAAUAUUGUGGCAAAGAAUGUCAGAGCACAGCAUGGAGCGAAGGACACCGAUUCUGGUGUAGUGUGAAGGAGGGAGAUGAAGCUGAGGAACCUACGGAGCAUCAACACGGUACGGAUCAUGGUCAUGGGGAGGGUGAUGGAGAGACGCCUGCAUCUGUUGCUGCUGCCGAAGCUGCCCAGGCGCGUGCGGAGAGAAGAGCAGAGAGGGAACGACAACUUCGGGAGCGCGAACGGAUUGUAGGAACGAUUGCUGCCAAUCAUAUCGUUCAGCAACAUAUGUUGCACCCGCCCGUGAAUCCUCCACCUGUUGCGGCUCAAUUGACUGUCCGACCCCGCGGUGCUGUUCUCCCUCCUACCAAUCAGCCCCAGCCUGUUAUUCCUCAACCACGACGAGGGAGUCCAUCAGGAUCUGGAUUUGGAAUGAUACCAAACCGAAGGAGGGCAGAGACUGUCUCUGGAGCUAUGGAUACAGGCGUGCUUAGAGAGACGAGGAUGAUGCUUGUACAUAAUGGGUGGCAGCCGCCUCUGAGGAGACGCGGUGGGGAGGUCCGGGAGGAUGGGGGGCGUGGGCAGGAGACGUGGGAUUUGACGCCUCCUGGUGGUGAUGAUAUGGUUCUGGGGUGA